AUAGAGACCGAUGCUGUUCAGCGCCAGAGGGCCUGGAGAAGGUGGGUGUGAGGAUGAAGGUGUCUCAGGUCUCCGGCGCGGGAGGGGGUGGUGGAGAGGACAGGGAGAUUCCCCAGCGCUGGCUCUGAAAUCUGGGGCAGGUUUUCCUUUGCCCUACUGCCAACCCCAACUGUGCCUGGUAGGGUUUGUCCCUGGCAUCAAAGGUAGGAACAGCUGAGCCCUUAGGCGUACCCCUGACGGUGAGAGCCCAGGAAUGGUCGUUUCACUUUUCCUGCGUUUGGGGAGUCCCUGAGGCUAUGCCCUUUGACCUUUGAUAUGUGUGCAGCUUCUGCUUCUCCAGAUAAUCUGGUAUUGCCUAUGAAAAAUGAGAUGAGAAACACCAAGUACAAACCAGUGGACUAUCAACAAUUGCGUGUAUUAACUGAAGCAAAGAAAUUAGCUUCUGCCUCUGCAGAGCUAAAGAUCAGAAAAGCAAUGUUGACUUCAAAGAUAUCCAAAGAACAAACACUAAUAAAACAACACAAGCAAGUGUGGUGGCAGGAGUACCAGAGGCUGAAUGAAGUCAGAUGUAAAAUGGAAUCUGAAAUAAAAUCCCUUCUCAAUGAAGAGAACAUUGGAAAUGAAUGUCUUUGUGACCUUACAAAUUUUGAGCAAGAGCUAUCAGAACAAUGGUGCACAUAUCUUAAAAAUGUGAUAAAUCCUAUUCAGCAGCUGAGAGCAGAUCUAAAAUACAGACAGCAUCACACUUUGCAGCAUUCACACCCACAUAUUGAGUGUAACUCCGUGAAAGUAUUGGAAGAGGUUGACUUUGUGAAGAAACAAUUGAAAAUGAUCUUUGAAAGACUUAGCCUGGAGCAACAGAGAAUAGAAAAUGAUCUUUCAGACUGGAGUAUAAAGAUUCUAGAUCAUUCUUUGGAAGAAAAGACUAACCUGCUUAGUGAACUGCCCAUUGAAUUAGAAAGUUUGGAAUGCCCAUACCCUGAUUUGAAAUCUUCAAUCCACAGUGAGUUCUGUAAGUUUACACAGAAAUAUCAAAAGAAGCUUCAAGACUUUGAUCUGCAGUUGGAAGACAUAUACAGAAACUGCCAACUAAGUGAAGAAGACCACUGGAUUUACCAGGCUAUUUUGAAUCAGUAUCCUGGAGAUCUCUUUGGAAGAAGGACUCUGUAUCUGGACAUGUUACAAAGAUAUUUUCCUCACAAAUCUAGGCAUGAUUUGAUUGAACAUGAGAAAUAUUGUGACCAGUUUCGCUUUGCUAUGGAGCAGCGAAAGAUCCUGAUAUCAAAUUGGAAUAAAAAUAAGAAAGACUUUACACAGAAGGCUGUGCUGACACUCAUUGAGGCUUGUGCAACUCAUGAAAUGGAGAGCACAUUGGCUAAGGACAAGAAAAAGCAACAGGAAUUGUGUGCUGAUCUGAAAGCCAAGGUUCUUCAAUGGCGAGCCCACCAGGAAGAGGUAGCAAGACUGGAAAUGGAAAUUUCUGCCAGAAGAAGAGAAAAGGAAGAGGAGAAAGAGAAAUUGUGGAAGAAGAAGGAAUUGUUGCAAAGGGCAGAGAAGAAAAAAAAAAUUAAAAAAUACUGGGCUAAGAAAAAACAGAAGUGGCAAGAAAUGGAAAUGAGAGAUCUUCAGCGUCUAGAAGAACUGAAGAAAUUAAUGGCUGAACAGUCACUAAAGGACAGAGAAAGGCUUAAAUAUAGAAAAGAAUUAUUGGAAAGGCGUUUGAUGGAGAAAAAGGAAGCGGCCCUUCAAGAAGCUCAUGAAGACAAAGAGAGAGCGAGGCGGCUAGAAGCCCUUAGGAAACAGGUUGCUGUUGUUGCUCAAUUUGAUCCUGUUAGAAUGAUGUCAGAUACAAUGGCAUCGAAAGCUAGGAUGGGCAUUGAAAUUGAAGAAGAAUUUAUUCUUCAAAAGCCACUCUUCACAUUGAAUACAUACAAUGAACAGCAGAUAAUUUCUGACCCUAGACUUCGCUUCGAGUUAGCACUUCGAGAAGCUGGACUUCAUAGAACACUUUAUGCCAAAGAGAUAUUACCAAAAAUUAGUCCUCGAAAACCUCCAAGGAAGGACAUGGAGUCUACUGUAUUUAAAAUAUAGAGCUCAUCCUCAAAUUCUAUAUGUAAAGAGUAUUUUUCUUUGAAAACAUUUACAUGGAUAAUAAUAAUUACUACUUUCUAAAAUGUUUGAAAUAUCAGACAUAGAAAUCAUAGCAUCUAUUAAAACAACUUUGCCUUUCUUUUGUGA